AUGAGUAGCAACGGAAGCGAUGGAACCAGUGAAGAUUCUCACUCUUCUGAAUUUACCUUCUCCGAAGAAACACAAUCAAGAUCACAAAUUGCCAAAACCAUCCUCAAGGAAAAGUAUGGUUCUCAAAAACUCAUUAAAGAAGGAGUACCAACAUGGACCGAUCUAUUGAAAUCAAGAAUUUCUCUGACUGAUUUUGAUAUUCUUAAAGUUAUUGGUAGAGGAGCCUUCGGAGAAGUCAUGUUAGUUAGAAAAAAGGACUCCAAAGAAGUGUUGGCGUUGAAGAAACUCAUAAAGAAGGAAAUGAUGAAGAAGAAACAAAUUUUGCACGUUAGAGCAGAACGUGAUAUUUUGGCUCAUUCCAACAAUCCUUGGAUUGUUGAUCUUCGUUACUCAUUCCAAGAUGAAGACAACUUGUACUUGGCCAUGGAAUUUUUGCAAGGAGGUGAUUUGAUGACAUGGCUUAUUAAGAAGGAAAUCUUUACUGAAGAACAGACAAGAUUCUAUAUUGCCGAAUUGAUUCUUGCAGUAGAGUCCAUUCACAAAAUGAGUUAUGUUCACAGAGAUUUGAAACCUGAUAAUAUUCUACUCGAUUCUAGAGGACACAUCAAACUGACAGAUUUUGGUCUUUGUAAACCUUUCGAUGAGGAUCCAUUUGAAGAUGUCAGUGAAGAAGAAAUGAAACAAGCCCAACAAAGUACUCAAGAAGGACCUAUCGAUAAAGUUGGCUCUCUCUCAAGAAGAGAAAAGAUGAGAAGUUGGAAAAACGAAGGACGAAAAUUGUUGUAUUCAACUGUGGGCUCGCCAGGUUAUAUUGCUCCUGAAGUUUUGUUAAAAAAGGGAUAUAGAUAUGAUUGUGACUGGUGGUCUGUUGGUGUGAUCAUGUACGAAAUGAUUUAUGGAUAUCCACCAUUUUAUGCAGACGAUCCACUCAAGACUUGUCAAAAGAUUGUCAGAUGGAAACACUUUUUGGAAUUUCCAGAUGAUAUCAAUGUUAGUGCUGAUGCUAAGGAUUUACUGCAACAUUUAUUGUGUGAUACUGAUAAACGUUGGGGAUCAGAAGAUGACAAAACUAGAGGCGUUGAUGCCAUCAAGAAGCAUCCAUUCUUUAAGGAUUUAGAUUGGUACUCCAUUAGGUCUAAGCAAGCUCCAUUCACUCCAGACGUCAAGUCAGAUAUUGAUACCACUCACUUUGAUGAAUUUGGAACAGCCUUUUUACCACAGUCAUCAUCUAAGGCCAAAGUGAGUAAAAAUCAAGGUGCCGAGUUUACCAAUUUCACCUAUGUGCGAGAUCAAGAUAAGAGUAGAAAAGGGUUGGAUCAACUUUUCGUCAAUCCAAACCAAAAGCAGUGA